AUGGAGACAUACAACGGUCACGUCCGCACUCCCACAGAUGCCAUCAUUCUUUUCGAAGCCUGCAGAUUAGGCAUCCUCCCUCGGGUCCAGCGGAGACUGUCCGAGAAAGAGAGACAGUCGAUCCGAUCUGGGUCGGUGUUCGUUUGGGAUGAGCGAGAAGCGGGAAUGAGAAGAUGGACAGAUGGGAAGAGCUGGAGUGCCAGUCGAGUAUCAGGUAGCUUCUUGACCUACCGAGAGAUGGAAGGGAAAAGAGGCGGACAAACCUACCCCUCGACAGGAAAUAAAGGCACCAAAACUCCCGAGAGCGCAACGGAGGAACAAGCACAGAGUGGCGAGGCAGACGAUGGCCCCGAUGGAUAUCGCUACAAGCCAGAUGGUCUGAUGAAGCAGUCUUUCAGCAUCACCACAUCGCAAGGCCAACACCUCCAUCUCAUCAGCUACUACUCUCGGUCACAUCCCACCGCCCAAGGAUUACGACAGCCGAGCACAGAUCCCAACCUGGCUUCUAUCGUGCCCGCAAAGGGCCUCUACCCGGAGUCGACCAUCAACGACCAGUCGUCCGUUCCGGCUGUCACUCGGUCACCCAUGGUGGGAGUGCCCAGCUAUGUUGUCAGUCCCAGCACUCCAGGCUACCACAGACCGACUCCCGGCAACCCGCAUCCCUACUUACCACCUGGUUAUAUGCAUCAUCCCACUUACAUCUAUCCAAUCAGUCCCAUGCAUACUCCGCCGGGCCAUUACCCGAUCCAACAGUACGCAUCCCUUCCACCCGGCUUACCACCACUCGCGUAUGGCGCCCCUCCCUACGGUUCAACUCAUCCGCUAGCACUAAACCAUGCACCGCCGUCCUCCUACGACCAACGACCAUUACGGAACUCCGAGUCGCGGCCGUCGGGACCUACCCAGACGACUACCGCUGGCCAGGCAUCGUUGGCGCCAUAUGGCAGCAACCAAGGUCCACCACCACCGUAUCAGCCCGGACCCGCGCCGCCAGCGCCAGCCUCCGCUCCCGCGGCAGAAAAGGGUUCCGAAAGACCCAGCUCGUCCCAUCAAAUAGAUCCGAGACUCGCAACGUCUGGGAAUGGCGGUGAACAUCAGCCUAAUGGUGACGCUCAGAGAGCUGAACAGAUUCCAAUUGAACAACGACCCCCUGAAGCCAGUAACGUCAGCGCCAGUCAAGCGCCUACAAUCACGGCAUUGGUUCACAGUAUCACGACAAAUCUCCCACCGGCAGAAAAGCCGCCAGGUGAAACGGAGGCCGACCGGCAAGGCAGCAUGAGCCCCGGCGGCACGAAGCACGGAGCUCCUCCACAAGACAUCCCCAGCGAGAAGUUGGGUUUCCGUGAGGACAAGAGAGCUCUGAGCAAGCUCGACCGCGUGUUUGCGCGUGUCUGA